AUGACGCGUUGGAUUUGGGAGGAGUUUGCAUGGCAGAGUACUUGUGACGCCUUUGGGGCGCAAAUCUCUGGCCGUGGAGAGUGCGAAGAAGGCGACCCUGGGCAAGAGCUGCCGGCCGUUGCCAAGCAGCAGUUCAACCAGGUGUUCAAAGAAGUCUGUCGCAUCGAGCAGAGCUUGGCAGGACAAAGGCUUGCCGCUGAUUUAGCAUCUGCCAGUGCGGCCCACCGUGACGCGCUUCGCGCGGCGGCGGAGCGUCGACGCCGUGCGGUGCGCUCGUUGCUGGCGGAGCGCCGGGCACGCUAUCAGGCCAAUGCUCCAGCUCACUCGGAGCCUCCACUUCCGAUCCUGCUCGGCCAUGAAAGCCGCGAGUCAGCGCUUCAGCUGAUUGAUAAGAUCGAGGCUAAGAUUCGGCCGUGA